AUGGACCCUCUGGCGGCGGGGGACGCGGCUCGGGAGGCCGCGGGGCCGCCGCAGGGCCCUUCGCUGCCGAGCUCGCGGAAGGCUUGCUUUGCCACAGCAGACUUCUCUGGUUAUGAAAAAGAGACCGAGAUAGCCAUGGAUCGACUAGCCAGCGGAUCCCAGGGCAUUCCUAAUGACAUUCCUUCUCAUGGUGAGGGCCCAUGUUCUGAAGAGGAAGGCUUUGCUGUGGAGGAAGAAGAGGCUGAUGGGGAACUGAAUGCCUGGAAGCUGCCAGAAGGAACACACUGUCGGUCUAUGGAACAGGCUGCUCAUCUUUUUAAUGAGGACUGGGACUUGGAGUUGAAAGCAGACCAAGGGAAUCCUUAUGAUGCCGAUGACAUUCAGGGGAGCAUUUCUCAAGAAAUCAAACCUUGGGUGUGCUGUGUCCCUCAAGGAGAUAUGAUGUAUGAUCCCAGUUGGCACCAUCCACCUCCACUGAUACCCCAUUAUUCUAAGAUGGUCUUUGAAACAGGACAGUUUGAUGAUGCUGAAGAUUGAAGGUGGUACUUUCUGCCUUGUGGGUAGUUGUGCCCUCCAGAUCAAGGACUUAUUUCCUGUCUUUGAGGUGAAAUAUCCUAUUCAAGACCGUAUGUACAGUGGUUCCUGAAUAUGAGCUAUACAGACUGGUGUUAAUCAAAGUGUCACUUUUGUUGUUAUUGUUAGUGGACCCCUUAAAAUGUCAGUGUUUGUGUCUAUGAGAGGAGUUCUGUUAUUCAUAAAUAAAAGUAGAAAAAGCAA